AUGGCUAAGCAGCUAACCUACGACGACGGCCCGAUGGUCUGGGUGGACUGCGAGAUGACGGGCCUCGACGUCGCGAACGACCGCAUCAUCGAGAUCGCCGUCAUCAUCACCGACGGGCACCUGAACCCCGUCGACGAGGGUGUUAGCUGGGUCAUCCAGACGCCCAAGGAGGUCUUGGACGCCAUGGGCGAGUGGUGCACAGAUCAGCACCGCAAGUCGGGGCUCACCGCGGCUUGCCUCGCGAGUCCGCACACGUACGACGAGGUGGCCGCCAACGUACUCGCGUACAUCCAGAAAUGGAUUCCCAAGAAGGGCGCCGGAUUAUUGGCAGGGAGCAGUGUGCACGCCGACAUGAGAUUCCUCUUGGUUGGCAUGCCGCAAGUCAUGCAGCACCUGUCGUACCGCAUUGUCGACGUGUCCUCCGUCAAAGAAAUCGCACGGCGGUGGUAUCCCACGCUCAGUAAGCAGGAGAAGAAGGCGCGCAAGACAGAGUCGUCGCACCGCAUCAACGAGCUCCGCUUUUACCAGACCAACAUCUUUGUGCCUCUCGAGCAGGGCGGCCCCACGAGCGGCAGCCCUCGCAAAGAGCCUCUCAAGACCGCAAUCUAA